GGUAGAAGUAAGGGGUCAAAAAAGAUUACUGAUCACAAUAAGAAUAAAAUAUUGAAUUCGAGCACCAAUACUGCAGCAAGUCCAAUUCCAAGCUAUUUACCAUACUCUGCAUUACCUAAACCACCACAAUCGGUCCUUGAUAAGUCAUUACUGGAAUUAUGUACCGAAAUGGGAUUUGGUGGAGCUGAUGUAAGUCCUACAGUUGAAUUCCAUGAAUUAACAGACACAGAAGCUAAAGUGAAGGGAUUUGAAAUACCUGAUCUUUAUUUGAAAUCCAAAAUGGAUGGACUAGUCACUGAUAUUGAUCGUCAAAUAGUAGAUGAGAUUGAUAAUAUUCUUGAAUUAGAUAAUGAUGUGGAAAUAGCCCAAUCACAAAUGAAAAUCGUUAAAUUAUACUAUGAUCAAGAAUCAAAUAAAUUAAAAGAGGUACCAGUACAUUCAUUCAAGACAUCAUUACUGGGAAUGAUCAAUUUGAACCCUGCUAUGGAUGAAAUUGAUGACGAUUAUUUAUGGCAAAUAUUCCCUCGUGGGAAAUUAUUCGGAUCAUUACCAUCAGAUACCCAUGAAGAGAUCAAAAUGAAAGAAGAAGAGAUUCAAAAGGCCAAAGAAAACAACGAAGAGUUUAUUGAAUGGAAAGAAUCCCUCACUGAUUCCAAAUCACUUUAUGUCAAAGCUGGAUCUCGUAGAAAGGUCGAUCGUAAAUCAGCUAGAAAUUUUAAGAAGUUAGAUAAAGAGGAUAAAAUUCCAAAGGCUAAUUUUGUAGUUAUCAAGCAUGGUUGGGAUAAGAAGUAAUAGUUUGAUUUCUUUUAACGAGUGUUUUUACAUGUUUUCAUUUUUUCAUCUUUUCAUUUACAGGUAACUUUCACAUGUUUGCCUUUGGUUUUUAAUCGUCUUGUUUAUAGUUUUUUUAAUCGGUUAUCGUCAUUACAGAAUAAUUUAUAAUAAUAAUGCAUUUUUAUAUUCAUGUUACAAU